AAUCCCCACUCAGUCUUUUCGGGUACACCAUGUUCCCCUUUACACAGUGCAGACUCGAGAACUGCACAAAGCGCAAUGUACCACCGCCAUUACUGUGGAACAGAGCUACUCAAAGUUCUGGCAAAAAUUAUUCGGUUUUUUCGUUACAGAUCAACUUUAAAUGCAGAAUAACGUAAUAGAAUUAACUCAGAGAUUAUUACGAUCACUGGAUGACAAUUACAAUGUCGUCGACAUGCCUGCAGUCAUUGAAAUCAUAUCUAUUCUGGAAAAAGUUUCUAUUACCAAAGAAUUACUGGAGACCACCAGACUGGGGAAAUACAUUAAUGAGUUAAGGAAGAAGACCUCUAAUGAAUCCCUGUCAAAGAGAGCCAAAGAGUUGGUGAAAAAAUGGAAGAACAUGGUAUUGCCAGAUACAAAUGGUCAAGUGAAACCGGCUUAUCCGGCAGGACAGAUAUCAGAGAGAACAGACUUGGACAAGGGCAGGAAGAGGCCUGCCAGGGAAGCCCCGGAGCACAUAUCUCAGAUGAAGAGGCCAAAAAUCAAUGGUCAAUCGACGGAUUUCGAUUUUUCAGACAAUUCCAACUCAAGUUUCAAAGACGUGAACAAAUUAAACGAAUUGAGGGCAAAUUCCACAGUUAUAAUGAUCAAUUCGGACUCCAAUUCUAGUCUUCCCGAUGCCCUACGGCAAGAUCCGCCGCUGGAACAGCAAUUGCCCAAGAAAAGGGGCCGGAAAAAAGGUUCCAAGAACCACAGGAAUUUACUGGACGAUGCUGAGUCUUCUUUAGCUAAUAAACUGGCAGUUUCUAGUCUUUGCAUGUCACGGGGCAAUUCCAAGGUGAAGACCACCCAAGAAUUGAUAGCCGGACUGCAGAACAAGGGUACGUCCUCGGUUCUCGGCCUGCCGCCACUGAACUCCAGGCCCAAGGAGGACCUGAACGAGAGGGCGGCCAAGCUGACGGAACGGGUGUCCAUGAUCGACCAGAGGCUGUACACCAACUCCAACAGGUCCAAGCAGAAGAACAGGUUCACGGCCAAGCUGAACGUCGAGAAGAACGACAGGGUGAUCGAGUCGGGUUCCGUCAUCAACGACAAGAGCCUGGCCACGACCAAGGUGAAGGAAGAAGAAGAGAUCAUCGUCGUGGACGAUGUGGUACCCAGUGAUAAGAAGGAGGAAUCUGAGCCCGCCAGGGACGUUCCGCAGGAACCGGAAGGUCCGCCGCCCCUUACGGUGGACGAGAUACUGGCCCAGCUGCCUCCGGUGGACCUGUCCUUCCUUCAGGAGCCCGAACCAGAGGAACCGAGCUGUACCUGCGUGCUGAGGGAGAACAAGACGGAUUUCUCGGUGGAGGAGGCGCCGGCCGAGACGGAGCCGGAGCCCCCGUGCCAGUUCGAGUUCGUGGAAGACGAAACGUGCCCCGCGAAGACUCAUUACGAGGAAAAGUACCGAUUGAACGAUGUGGACGAGUGCCGGGUGCAGCAGCUCGGCCAGACUUAUCUGCCCAACGUCAACGGCAACCCCCUGACCGUACCUAACGAGGAAGUCGUGGAGAAGGACGAUCGCGGUCUUUACGUCAACGUAGUGCCUAAUGUAUAUAGCGAAUGCAAGUUGAAGGGCGAACUGCCCAAAGAGAACUACAAAAAGUACAGCAUUUCAGAGGCGGGGGAGGCCCCGGCCGACGAACGGACAGGUGACAGUGAGUUUUGUGGCUUCGCAGAGUGGCACGAGUGCAUCGAGAGGCCCUCCUACAACGGAGACACCCUGAAGAUUCUGCCGUACGUCGUUAUCGAUUGAAAAAAACCUAGUCCGCAUCCAGAUAAUCGAUCAGUUUAUAUGUUUUAUACGAGAUCGUUCCCCCCCUGUUUUUCCUUUUUUUUUAUCCAUUGAUUUUGAACCAAAUUCCGGACGGUUGGUAUUAUUGAUUUUUUUUUAAUACCGAUCGACCAAACCGUUUUCGCUAGUUGAACUGUUUGAGAUGAUUAUGUUUGUCUCCUUAUCUCCAGUUGAUUUUUUAAUGUGAGUGCUUGGCGGUUUUAGGAUUUUCCAGGAAAAGUCAACGUUUCAAGCUGUAAGUCGUGUUGAAAUUGGCUUUCUGCUUGUUCAAGAUCUAUUUCUACUGAACAAAUGGUGGAUAGCACACCCCCUGAAAAAUAUCAGGUAAAGAUUUACUCACAAUCGUUGAAAGAUUCCGAGAUUCAGUCUGAGCUGAGAGUGCCAUAAAACUGACAGUUUUUCUUUUCCUAAAUAUCCUCAGAUAGAAACCAGAUCGAUUGAAGGGGGGGUUCAGGUGAUCCCCAAGUGAUAUCUCGUUGUUUCUUGGAAUUUCCAAAGCUGCCAAUCACGAGUACGAUGUUAGAAAUGAUUAUGAUAUGAAAAUUUAUUUAUUUUACCUGAAUUAUUUGUAGAUUCAUUAUUUAUUACAGAGAGAGAGCAAUUGGGAGCUGUUCCUAAUCAAAAAAAAAAAUAAUUCAAUCGCGCAGAGGUGUACACCUUAUUCGAUAUUUUUAAUUAUUUUUAGUUCGUUGAUCGAAGUUAAUUCGACCUCUGUUACUCUAUUAGUUUCGCCAAUUGUCUUUCGUUUAUGUUAUGUUGGGAUGAAACAGAUAAAAAGGCUAAUCUCGUUAAACGUUUCGACAAUAUCGGACAUUCAGUUUCUAUUUCGGACGAAUAGAAAGUAUACGAUCGAGAAAAGUGGUUUUGGUUUUCUUCAAAUUCAUAUCUUUUUUUUUCUACAUCCUCGACGUUGGGUGUACGUUGUAAUUGAAAAUUUUCUUGAUGUGACUGAAAUGGAGGAAAAUUUUAUAAGCUGUUGAUAGUUAUUGAUAGAUUUUGGUAAAUCGGACUGCUAUGUUUGUACCUUGAGCGACCAAGAAAAACUUUGCCUUAAACACUGUUCUUCACUCGAGCCUUAAUGGAAAUGACCGAUUAUACACCAACUUUUGAUUGAUAUUCCACUGAUAUCGUAUUGUUUUAAAAAAAUUUGUGGGAAAUCAAUCGGGUGCAUGUAUUGCGGUUGUUUGAAAUUGAGGAAUCCCAAAGCUUAAAUCGAAAAAUGAAGAUGUUAAGAUAGGAAAAUCCAGAGUAACGGUUUAUUUACUUUUGAUUCCCAACAACACACAGAGAAUGUUAUACUAUUGUAAAAUAAAAAACAAUAUUUAAACACACUGUUUUAAUUGUAUAUAUUUGUACAUUUGUCUUCUUUUUUGUUCAUAAUUCUACAAAACCAAAUAAAUCUGAAAAAUUAAUUCAAAGUUAUAGCAAUGAUUUAAUUAUAUUAAUUUUUGUGGAUUGAUAAGCCAUUGUUGAUUUUUUAAGUUUUCUGUGAAUAUCCUUUUGUUGCUGCAACAUAUUGAACAUUCUUUGUUAUCCUCGACGGCUACAACUUGUGUUAGAAGAAGAACCUUUAGGUUUCUUGAAAACAUUUAUUUUAUACCAAAUAAAUUGCUAAAAGAGUUCCAUUAUUAAUAUUUUUUACGUCGAUCUAUCAGUUGUUGUAGUCUGUUUAAUCUUACAAGAGUAAAUUGGAAAAUUUAUGAUUUUUUUGUUGUGUAAAUAGCAUCAAUAUAUGAUUUUACAGAGGAUCUCUUCCAUAUUUUCUUGGAAUGUUUUUGAGAAACCACAAAUCAUGUAAAUUAAUAAAAAAAUAAGAGUUUGUAAGUUAAUGGACAGACAUUCCAAGGAAACGGAAAUUUAUUAUGACUUGAAGAAAGUAUCUCUAUUGAAAACUGAUUCAAUGGAUGAAAAUUUACGGGAAAGUGCCUAACUUAGUCAGAAUAAUUUGUGGAGUGUGAUAUAGGAAAUUAUAUUAUGUACUCUUAUUAAUUUAAAAACCAGAAGAUUUUAUAAUUCUUUUCUGGAUUUCAAAACUAAGUAUGGUACCUAUUGUUUCAAAUAAAAAUAAUAGUUGGUCAA